UUAAGUAAAUAUUCAACAUUUUCAAUCUUUUUUUUUUGUUUAAACAAUACAACAAAAAGCAUUUGUUAAGAAAUUAUGCCUAAAGCUAAUUGUAAAUACUGGGAUAAGUGCUACCAGCGUAACGAGGAACAUUUAGAAAAAUACAACCAUCCCAGCCGGCAAAAGGAAACGGAAAAAAUUGCGCCAAAACGAAAAGCCGAGGAUAAGGAGGAACACGCAGAGGUCGCAAAAACAAAUAUCAGUACUGAUAGCAAUAUGGAGGAAGCGGGUAACUUCGAAGCAGAAACAGCAGAGCUGCAUAAUGAGGCAAUGAACAAUAUAUCCGGCAAGAAUUAUAUGGAAAUGUUGGAGAAGCGUAUUCGUCUUUCAGUGCAAAAGGAGUACGAUAAUCUUUGUGGGAGCAAUGAGUUUAUAAGGCACAAGUUUCUCGUAGAGAUGCCCCCAGAUUUCUACGAGUUUUGGGAAUUUAUUAAUACGCUAAAAAAGGAGACCACAAAAGCAGCUGCAUUGCAGCAUAUUGAAACUGUGUUUCAGCUGCAACUGGUGGGACCGUUUGAGUUUCUUGCUGGCAAAUUUCAUGCAGCUAAAAUUGGUGAGCCUGGUGACUAUUUGCGACACUGGCGUUUCUAUUACGAUCCGCCAGAGUUUCAAACUGUUUUUGUGCGUCGCGGCAGUGGUGUACACUAUGGUUACUGGCGCGAUAUCCCACAGGACAAGGAAAAGCUUCUAAUAGCUCGCAAUGAUGCAAGUGGCUGUGAGUUUGACUUUAUAGCCGGCAACAUAUUUGAUGCAUUUCUCUACUACUUGGAACAUGAUUUCCCUGCUACACCAUUCAAUGCUGCGCAAGUGGCCGCCACUAAAAAUCUAGUAAAGCAAUAUACAAGCGAAAAGUCCUUGGAACUGGGUCAACUUGAAAGCCUGCGCACUGACCGCAAUAAGAAUGUUGUAGCCAAGACAUUGCACCGUGCAGGCAUUGUGGUGCCCUUUGAUCGUAAGACGCAGCAAGGUUAUCGGCCGUUGCAGGUAAGCGAUGCCGAGCUGAAGAAGAUCUUAGCGCUGUUUGAUCGCAAGGAUCUUAAAAGUGACAGCGAUACGGCCAAACAGGCUGUGCUUGAGAAGCUGCAGCCGAUAGCCAAUGCCGCAAAUAUAGCCGUAGAUGAAUGUGAUUUUGGCAGUGCAUUGGAGCUGGGUAUUGAUUUGUUUUGCAGCGGACACAAGGAACUCCACAUGCUGGCCUCAUCGUUGCUGGUGCCCGCCUAUUCAUUGUUAGCCAGGCCACAAUUUAUAGCCAUUGCUAAAGCACACAUGGAGCGACGCAACCGAGAUAACAAUCUUAGCAUAUUUGAUAUCUUAAAUUAAGCUUAAAGCUACCAAUAUUUUUUACAAUGUUUAAUGCAUGAAUUAUAUGAUACCGCAAAUCCUUGGAAUAAUUAUACAUAUACAAAACACCUUUAA